AUGUACCACGAGGUUGCAAAUUUCUUGGCUCAAGUAACGUUGGAACAAGGAUAUGUUCUUCACGGCUCCGAUACCCCCGGACCAUCACUCUAUGUCCCCCUGUCGAUUACCCCAGACCGUUCACUUCUUGUUUACGUCGGCCCCGCAUAUGGGCCGGCAGAUCAUGUGAAGUACUUACAAAGGAAGGUUCCUAUGAUUGAGCCAAGGUCUUCAAAUUGUUGGUCCCGAUCAAGCUCCAAAAACUGCAGCUGGGUCCUACAAACAGGUUCCUUACCAGAUCGUGUGAUGCCUCGUUUCCUCUCGACUCUUCUUGCUGUGCUUGCAGCCAGCACGGUUCAGGCCUCUCUUGACCUUGUCUCGGGAGCAACAUGGACAGCUACGAACACUGGUGAGCAUGUCCAAGCUCAUGGGCAUGGGUUGAUUGAGGUUGAUGGAACCUACUACAUGAUCGGCGAGGACAAGACAGACGGAACAUACUUCCAGAACGUCAACUGCUACUCUUCCACCAAUCUCGUCGAAUGGACAUACCGAGGUGCGCUCCUCUCUCGCACUAGCGAAGCAGGGGACCUCGGCCCCAACCGGAUUGUUGAAAGACCCAAGGUCAUUUACAAUGACCAGACAAAGAAGUAUGUUCUUUACAUGCACAUCGACAGCCCAGACUACAAGGAUGCGCGGGUUGGUAUCGCCACUGGUGAUAGUGUAUGCGGCAAGUAUACCUAUCAUCGAAGCUUCAGGCCUCUUGGUAAGCAGAGUCGCGAUAUGGGACUUUUCAAGGACGAUGAUGGAUCUGCAUAUCUCCUGACUGAAGAUCGCGAGUAUGGAACGCGAAUCAUGGCAUUGUCAGACGACUACCUCAACGUCACGGAUAUCACGUACGAAUGGCAGUACUUUGCCGAGUCCCCAGCUAUGUUGAAGCAGAACGGAUACUACUUCAUAUUUGGCUCUCAUCUGACCGGCUGGAAUGCCAAUGAUAAUAUCUACAGUUACGCCAAGUCACUGUCUGGCCCAUGGUCCAACUGGACCGAGUUUGCACCUAUUGGAUCAAAGACCUAUCAAAGCCAGGUCAGCUACAUUCAGCCUCUCGGCAACGGCAAUGCCAUCUACAUCGGUGAUCGCUGGGUUUCUACAAACCUCGCCGCCAGCACCUACGUCUGGCUUCCGCUCAAGGUUGAUGGCACCAAGGUUACACUCAGCUGGUACGACUCUUGGUCGCCGAACCUUUCAAAGGGAACGUGGUCCGAGACCAAAAUGACAAAGAUUGAGGGAGAGACUGCGACAAUGGGCAAUGAUGCCAGAGUCAUCUCAUGCAGCGAAUGCAGUGGCGGUCAAGCUGUCGGCUACAUCGGAGGCGAUAAGAAAGGUACUCUUACCUUCAAGAACAUCAAGAGCUCUGGAGGUACAGCUACUAUUAACGUCAAGUACCGAAAUGGCGACACCGGAUCACGAUAUGCCACCGUCAACGUCAACGGAGAAUCUCAGAAGCUUGCGUUCUUGUCUACCAGCCAUCUUUCUCAGACGGGACUCAGUCGGGGUUUCUUUGAUCUGAAGGAGGGAUCGGAUAACAUUAUCACUAUUUCCAACGACGAUGGAUGGGGUCCGGAUGUGGAUGCGCUGAUGCCACCGGCGGCAUAAACGAACGCUGUUGAACUUGGGCAGAAAGACGAUGCUGGUGGUAUAUGAGGUGUUAUAUCGGGAGCAAUUCUGGCACCCUGUCAGACCCAUAGUGUCAGCCAUGGCUGCUGGGCGCGUUUCUUUGUAGAACAUCAGUCAGUUAUUG